ACAGGAUAAAGGCCAGGCCCAGGAGCUUCACCUACCCUGCUCUCUGCUUCCUUCUCUCCACUUCCCUCUUUGUACUUACAGCUUCCAUGGCCCCCAAGAAGCCAGACCCCAAGAAGGACGAGGCCAAGGCAGGCCAGAAGGCAGCUCCUGCUCCUGCUCCUGCUCCAGCCCCUGCCCCUGCACCCGAACCCGAGCGCCCCAAGGAAGCGGAGUUUGAUGCCUCCAAAAUCAAGAUCGAGUUUACACCGGAGCAGAUUGAAGAGUUCAAGGAAGCCUUCAUGCUGUUUGACCGCACGCCCAAGUGUGAGAUGAAGAUCACGUACGGGCAGUGCGGGGAUGUUCUGCGCGCGCUGGGCCAGAACCCUACACAGGCCGAGGUGCUCCGUGUCCUAGGGAGACCAAAGCAGGAAGAGCUUAACACCAAGAUGAUGGACUUCGACACCUUCCUGCCCAUGCUCCAGCACAUCUCCAAGAACAAGGACACAGGCACCUAUGAGGACUUCGUGGAGGGGCUGCGGGUCUUCGACAAGGAAGGCAAUGGCACCGUCAUGGGCGCCGAGCUCCGCCACGUGCUGGCCACUCUGGGUGAGAGGCUAACGGAAGAUGAGGUGGAGAAACUGAUGGCGGGGCAGGAAGACUCCAAUGGCUGCAUCAACUAUGAAGGUGUGCUCAGCAGGAGGGGGGCUGCUGGUGGUGGUGAGGGCACUGGGACCCUAGGCUCCUGCCCGAGGCCGCCCAGGGCUCAACCCCUGCCACUCGCUCUGCCCUUCUUUGCAGCAUUUGUGAAGCACAUCAUGGCCAGUUGAACCUCUCAUCCCAGGGAGCCCAGGAGGCCAUGCUGGGGACAGCUCAUCUCCCACUUAUGGUGCAAACACCAGCGACCUGGGAUUCGGGGAGAAGGGGAGCACAUCGAGAAUCCUACGGCAGCCCCUCUGCCGGCCCUGCAGACCUGUGUGCCUGGCAUCUCUCCCUACCAGCUGUGCAUCUCUGUCCUCACCCCAUGGGCCUCAUGAAUAAAUGCCAUCUUUCCUUCCUUUUUC